CUGGACCAGUUUAACCUAAGUGAAAGAACAAGAAAAAAGAAUGAUUGAAUAAACAGAGAGAGAAAGAGAAAGCCAAGUUGGGUCAUCGAUCGAACCAGCUUCGGCACUAGUUUACUUGCCGAACCUCAAACUCAAAACCCUCAUCAAACAAACACACGCACACCACAACGCCACCACCAAAUGGAAGACGAUGACGAGUUCGGAGAUUUGUACACCGACGUUCUCCGCCCCUUCGCUAUCUCCGACCACCACUCUCCUCAACCGACCACCACCAUCGAUCUCAACCAGAUCCCCUCCGCCGCGCCCCACGAUACACCCCCGCCCUCCACCAAUCAAAACCAACCUGGAUCACCCGAGAUUGCUCCCGAAUUACCACCUAGGGUUUCACCUCAACCCGACCCGGUUGAAGCUCUCAACGAUGGCGGCGGGGAGGAGGCUGGUGAUGAUGCUGCAGCAAACGCAAUCGAUCCGAUGGAUCGAGACGUGAAGUUCGACAUCGAGGAGGAUGACGGAGGUGGUGCUGCCUUAGAGCCGGUUAUCCCUGGACUUUCAGGCGGGGAUGCUAUGGAUGUGGAUGGCGGUACUGCCGGCGGCGGCGGGGGAGGUGAGGGCGAUGAUUGGGACAGUGACAGCGAGGAUGAUUUGCAGAUAGUGUUGAACGAUGACAACCGCAUGGCUAUGGAAAGGGGAGGGGUGGUGGAUGAUGAUGACGAGGAUGAAGAUGGAGGGCUUGUGAUUGUGGCGGGUGGUGAUCCGAGUCAGGGCUUGGAGGAGCAAGAUUGGGGAAACAAUGCGACGCUAGUGGCGGACGGCGAGGGGAAGGACGCUGCGGAAUUGGCAAAGAAUGCUGCUGCUGUUGGUGGUGGCGGUGUGGCUGCGGUGCCCAAAAUUGGGUAUGGUGGUCAUGGGUAUCAUCCGUUUCAUUCCCAGUUUAAGUAUGUAAGGCCUGGUGCAGCACCAAUUCCUGGAGCUACUACAUCUUCUCUAGGAGGGCCUCCUGGUCAGAUUCGUCCCCUUGCUAUCGUGGCUGGUCGUGGCAGAGGGGAGUGGAGACCACCUGGAAUAAAAGGGGCUGCAGGGCGUGGUCCUGGACUACCUGGUUGGGGCAAUAAUGCAGCAGGGCGUGGUUUUGGUGGGGGAUUGGAAUUCACACUUCCUUCGCACAAGACUAUAUUUGAAGUUGAUAUUGAGAAUUUUGAAGAGAAACCAUGGAAAUAUCCCAAUGUUGAUGUAUCAGAUUUUUUCAACUUCGGUUUGAAUGAGGAUAGCUGGAAAGAUUAUUGCAAACAACUGGAGCAACUACGCCUGGAGUCUACAAUGCAAAGCAAGAUCCGUGUUUAUGAGAGUGGGCGAACAGAGCAGGAAUAUGAUCCAGAUUUGCCCCCUGAACUAGCUGCAGCUACCGGUAUACAUGAUGUUCCUGUUGAAAAUGCUAGUUUUGUAAAGUCAGAUGUUGGGCAAAGUGAUGUUAUGAAAGGUUCUGGACGUGUGCGACCACCACUACCGACUGGUAGAGCAAUACAGGUGGAAGGUGGCUAUGGCGAACGUCUACCUUCAAUUGAUACCCGGCCCCCUCGAAUUCGUGAUUCAGAUGCAAUCAUUGAGAUUGUUUUGCAGGAUGCAGAAGACGAUGAUUCUUCUGCAGGAGAUGGUGUCCAAGAUCAACCAGUGGGUGGAGAGCCCAUGAAAGAAGAUUUUAGAGAAGACCAUGUAGCUAGAGACGAGAUUCCAAGAUUGCAGCCUGAGUAUUUUGAUGGUUUUCCACAGGAUUAUGAUAGUCGAAAGAAAGAGCUUGCAGGAAGAAGAAUGCCAUUUAUGAAGUCCAGUCCUGCUAACUUACCUGAUGAAGAUGAAAAAAUGUUCUUCCCACCAGAAGAGCCAACCGAAUACUCUGGUUCAAGGGGACAAAAUCCUAGGUCCCAUAGUGGCAAUUUCAGCUCCUCGCGGGAGGAAAGGAAGAAGGAAAGAAGAGGGCGUAGUCAUUCUCCUAUUAGCCCUAUUCGAAAAUUAACAACUGAUGACAUUAAGAAAGCAGAGUCACUUGAAAGCAUGGAAGGAAGACAUAGCAGACUUUUGGCAUCUCCUUUUCGCAAGGAUACAAGGGACUCCAGUGUGGACGACAAAGACACUGAGCUUGAGGACACUGGGACUGCUAAUGGAAGUUCCAGAUUGGAAAAAGAGGAAAUGGAUUUAAAUGCAGUAGACAAAGUAGAUACUCUCGAGGAUGGGAUAGAAAAGAAACAGAAAUUAACAUCUGAAGUUGAGCAACCUUUGCUUGAUGAGGUUGAUGAUUGGGAGGACUCAAAAACUGCCAGAAGCAGUGAUAACAGCAAAGCAAGAUCAGCGGGAAGCAGGGAUAACCAGAAGCAGCGAGAGAGUCUCGAUGAAGAAGUAGUUCAGGAUCCAAGAUCAGCACAGGUGGAUAGCAUAAGACAACCCCCUGAUGAAAAUGAGCAGGGAUUCCAUAGAAGAGAGCGUGACGGAAAGCAAGAACCUGAGAGAAAUCGCAUGGUACUUAAAGGUAGAGAGGGAUCAUACCCUUACAAGGAUCGGCAUCGUAGCUCAGUUCACGCAAAUACUGAUGGAUUUGAUAGACAAAAAGAUAGGGACAAUUCUGACAUGGAUUGGGCAGGGAGAGAUGAUGACCUCUUUAGCAGAAGGGUUAGAAAUGAUGAACCUAGAAAGAGGGAUAGAGCUAAGGUUCGAGAAAAUGAAAGAAAUAACAAAGAAGAUAGCCUUCAUUCUAGAAAACAGUUAGAUAAUGGUAGCUACAGGGUUCCUUAUGAUAAGGAUAUUGGGCCAAGAGACUCUAGACACAGGGAAAGAGAUGAGGGCUUGAGGAUUAGGUAUGAAGCUGUGGAUGAUUACCAUGGCAAGAGGAGGAGGGACGAGGAAUAUCUUAGGAGGGAGCAUAUUGACAAAGAAGAAAUUUUGCAUGGAUAUAGAGAAAAUGCUAGUCGGCGCAGACGAGAAAGAGAUGGACUAUUGGAUCCACGGAAGAGAGAUGAACUACAAAGAAGUAGAGAUUACCCUGAUGAUCAAUAUGCUGGUAGGCUGAAAGAUGAUACCUGGCUACUGAGGGAGAGGGGUGAUAGGCCAAGAGAUAGGGAGGACUGGCAUCGGAUGAAACAGCCCCAUGAAGAACACCUACCCAAACGGGAAAGAGAAGAAGGACGGGCUUCUUUAAGAAGCGGAAGAGGAAGCGAUGAAAAAGCUUGGGUUGGGCAUGUUAGUGCUAAAGAUGAGCAGAAAUUUUCUGAGAAAGAAUACCAAGGCAGAGAAGUAGUGAGACACAAUGAUCAAUUGAAGAGGAGGGACCGAAUUCAGGAUGAAAGUCCACAUCAUAAGGGGCGUGAUGAUGCUUAUACCCGUGGAAAUCAAUAUGCCACUGAUGAAAAGCGAUCUAGGCAGGAAAGGUCAAGUAGUCGUGGUGAUCAUGUUGCUAAUGCUUCAGAUAACCAGAGAGCUCAUGAGAGAAAACAUAAAGAGGGCUCAAGGAAAAGCAAAGAACGUGAUGUUAGUGAUCUUAAUAGCUUAGGCCUGGCCAAGAAAAGCCAAGAAAUUCAAAGUGGUUCGUCCAAUGAGAAGUUUCUCUUCGUGAAGGGUUUGAAAGCAUCUGGCAAUGAAGACCGUGCUCAGCGAGAAAUCCCCGGGCAUCGCAUGUCCAGAAAACAUCAGGAUGGCAUGUCCUCAGAUGAUGAACAGCAUGAUUCCCGCAGAGGACGUUCUAAAUUGGAACGCUGGACAAGCCAUAAGGAAAGAGAUUUCAGUAUCGGCAAGUCCUCUUCUUCCUUGAAGUUCAAAGUCCCUGAGAAGGAUAAUGAUGAUGGCUCUUCUGAAGCUGGGAAACCUGUAGAUGAGUCUGUUAAAACAGUUGAUGUUGAUAAUCAGCAUCUCUCGUCAGCUGAAGCAAAGGAAUCUGCAGAUUUAGAGAGUAGGGAUGCGGAUAGAAAAGAUUCAGGGGAUCAGCGCCUAGACACAGUUGAGAGGUUGAAGAAGCGUAGUGAGCGGUUCAAGCUUCCAAUGCCAAGUGAAAAAGAGGCCAUUGUUAUAAAAAAGUUAGAGAGCGAACCACUGCCUUCUGCCACCCAAAGUGAAACUCCAGUGGAGACGGAGGUCAAACAAGAGCGGCCAGCCCGAAAAAGGAGGUGGAUCAGUAGCUAAAUGAGAAAUCUGGGGCCUUAGUUAUCAUCAGUUUCAGUGCAGCCUUGGGAAAUUUCUGCUUGGCCUGAUGUUUUGACAAUAUAUAGAACCCUGCAAGUCAGCCAUGCUUAGUAAAUCUCAUGUUGAAAAUGGCUUUAGGGUUUGGGAUAUUUUGUGUACUUGAGUAAUGCCAUAUUGUAACCAUACUACUACUACCUAUACAUUUACUGUACACUGUAUAUACAGGUAAAAUGUAAAACAUGAACUGGUCACUACAGGUGGCACAUCAUUUUGGUGUGGAAUGGCUCUUACCUGGAUGAUCUACCCAGAUUGGCAUGGCCGUUGAGGCCGUUGAGCAGCUUCCUCUUGUGGUCUGGCAUGGCCAAGUUCUUGGAAACGAGGAACAUCUUCAAGACACGUCCAAUGAAAUGCUGCUUGCUUCCCAACCAUGUGUUUUAGUUUAAUUAUACAUGCCAUGAAUUAUUUUUUUCCUUGUUGUAGACGGUUAGCAAGCACUGAUUAUUCAUUUUUCCUAUAA